AUGGCAUCUCUGUACGAAGGUGGUUACGGUGGCCAACAGCAACAAGGGCCGCCCAGACCUGCCCCGCGACAACAUGGUGGUGCGCCGCCGCAGCAAUACGGAACACAACCACACUACGAUCGGCAUCAAAGAGGCCAUGGCUAUGAUGAAUAUGACGGAGGUUCUAAUCAGGGAUAUGGAGGGCAAUAUCAAGACCAGAACUACGGCAGAGGGCCACCUCCCCACGACCUGUAUGGACGUAGCGGACGCCCGAUGCCUGGUCCUCACGGAGGGCCAAUUCCUCGUUCACAAACGGCUGAUCCUCAUCGUGGCCCACAGCGCCUUCCUCCUCCUCGAGGAGGUCCAGGUCUGGGCAUGUCAAAUAGACAUCCUACGCAGAAUGGUAUGCGUCCAGGACCGCAUGCUACGAAUUCAGAUCCUACAGCCCGCCGAAAACAGAUGAAUACUCCUCCCAUGAGUCCUCGAGACGGCCAAUUUGGGCAACAGUAUCCGCCGCAAAACAGACAAAGACCGGACAUGGGCUAUGAACAACAAAUGGUCGAUCAAAUGUCGAAAAUGGACAUGAAUCAGAGGCAAAUGAUGCCAACAACUGGACGCGCAAGUUCAGACACCCAUUACAGCCAAGGCGAGUACGGACGACAUCCAGGAAAUGGGGGUCGUGGGCCUCCUCCCAGAGGAUAUCCUCAAGGGCCUCCCCCAAGACAAAAUACAGGUUAUGGGCCUCAAGGUGGUUAUAGUGAUUAUGAUAAUGGGUAUCAUGGUUCGCAAGAACCUCCCGUGGGUGGGUUUGGACCCCCAGCGCGAAGCCGAACCAUGCCAGUGGACGACAUGAGACAGACGUCGAACAUGCCACCCCCUCAACAGAUGGAGUCAAUGCAAUACAGCACCCCUGCCGGUCGAGGGAUACCUCAACGGCCUUCGACUGCUGGCGGUCACAGGGUGCCCCCUCAGCGACUAUAUACGCCCGGCCCUCAGGGAGGCCAGGCUGCUCCAUAUAGCGGUGGCUAUAACGACGAAAGCGCAUACCAAACCCCACCGAGGGCUUCAUACGAAGAAGUAUACGACGCCUACCUCGAUCCCCAACGGAAUAGCAACCCAGAUUACGGGCAGAACCCUCAGCAGAAUCGAACCAGCCUUCCUGACUUCGAUGCGGCAUCUGGCCCAGGGCAACGCGAUUCUUUCGAACAGUCAAUGCGUCCUACCAAUGAACAGCCUCAGCGUGUAGCCCAUCAAACCGCAGUACUUAACCAUGCAAAAUCUCAGCCAAUGCUCCGUCAACCUCAAACAGCCAUCUUUGAAAUGGCUGGGGAUGUACCAGACGUCCCUGCAGUCCCUCCUAUGCCACCUAUGAGCAAGUACCAGGCAGGUUAUGAUCAAGAUUACAGCCAGCUCCCACCCAGGGGACCGAGCGCACCGGUAGCGAUGAACGAUGCUCAUACUAGAGAACCAGUGACCAUGGAUGGCCUCCCUACACAUCCUACGCCCAUCCGCCCGGGCUUGAUGCAAGACACUAUGGUUCAUAUGGGUAGCAAGCCAGCACCAGUCCGGAACUAUGGGGCUUCUACACCAGCACCUCGACCACAGCCCCAGCUCCAGACACAGCGACAGCCCCAGUAUCAGCAGCAGCAGCAACAAUCGCCGCCUCGUAACAAUGGUUCGCAGCCACCCAUUAGAGAAGAAGGUCCCGUCACAACUCAAGAACUGGAGCAUCUCCGAAUGCUUAUUAAAAGCAACGCGAACGACCAGGACUCGGCCUUGAGGCUAGCCAAGAAGCUGGUUGAAGCUGCCGAUGUGCUGGCACCCAAGAUGCCAGACCCUAAGCAACGUUCUAGGGCCCGUGAACGUUACCUGAUCGAUUGUCACAAAAUUCUCAAGAAGCUUGCAAACGCUCAGAACCCAGAUGCUAUGUUUUUGCUAGCCGAUUGCCUUGGAAGAGGUCUCUUCGGUGAGGCUGAUUACAAGGAGGCUUUCACCCAGUACCAGUCUGCCGCCAAACUUGGACAUGCUGCAGCAGCUUACCGAACUGCAGUAUGUUGUGAAAUCGGUCACGAAGAUGGUGGUGGUACGCGGAAGGAUCCAAUGAAGGCGAUUCAAUGGUAUAAGCGAGCUGCAACUCUGGGUGAUCCUCCAGCGAUGUACAAGGUCGGAAUGAUAUUGUUAAAGGGGCUUCUUGGCCAACCUAGAAACCCGAGAGAAGCCGUGGGCUGGUUGAAACGAGCAGCAGAACGAGCCGACAAGGAUAACCCCCAUGCUCUACAUGAGUUAGGGUUGCUGUACGAGUCAGCGCAGCCAAAUGAUGUUAUCAUUCGAGACGAGGCAUACGCCUAUAACUUGUUCCUUCAAUCUGCCAAUUUGGGGUACAAAUUUUCGCAGUACCGACUUGGCUGUGCCUUUGAGUAUGGAUUGUUGGGUUGCCCAAUUGAUCCUCGACAGUCCAUUCAGUGGUAUUCGAAAGCGGCAACACAGGAGGAGCACCAAGCAGAGCUCGCUCUAAGCGGCUGGUACUUAACAGGUAGUGAAGGUGUGAUGGGACAGAGUGACACAGAAGCAUACCUAUGGGCCCGAAAAGCUGCCAUUGCAGGUCUGGCCAAGGCGGAGUAUGCUAUGGGAUACUUCACAGAGGUAGGCAUUGGUGCCGCGCCGAAUCUUGAGGACGCAAAGCGUUGGUAUUGGCGAGCAGCCGCCCAAGACUUCCCUAAAGCUCGCGAGCGACUAGAGGAUUUGAAACGGGGCGCAGGCAAGAAUGGCGCACGCCAGCGUGAGCGUAUCUCUCGAAGCAAGAUGGAUCAGAAGCAGGAGGGCGACUGUGUCCUCAUGUAA